UUGCCUGAGGCACACACAGCUGGAACAGAUCCUGGGGAUCACACCAGUACAGAUCAGCGCCAUCCUUGUAACCCACACGCAGCCCCCCAAAGGACAGCAAAUGGGGACAUGCGCUGGGGACCUGGAGUGGUGCCGGCUGUUCCAGGCUGCCAUGCACCAAGGCUGGCACUCCUGCCUGGAGCAUGCCUUCUGUCUUGUUUUGCACAUAAUGACUUGCUAAAAUUUGGAGCAUGGCCAUAUCUCAGCCCCCACACCCAGGAAGUUCCUGGGGCAGGCUUCAGCAUCAUUACUUGCUUACAGAAAAUAAUGAGCCCUUUGCAGAGGGCGGGCGGGAGGUGUGGCAUGGCAGUGCAGGAACUUGUAGAUCAUGUCUAGAUGAAACAUCUCGUGAUGGCCCAGUUGACCUCAGCCAUCCACACCAAGAAACACGGGGACAUCCAGCACGGCUGAGCGGCAACAAACACAUCCCUCCUGUGCCACCCAUCAGACUCACUGACCUUCUGUGUGCCCAACGGCACAGCCUCCCCUGCCACCACCGCUGUCACUACUGCCAGACAUGGCUGCCCAGAGAGUAGCCAUCAUCGGUGCUGGUGCCUCCGGCUUGUGCGCUCUGAAAUGCUGCCUGGACGAAGGGCUGACCCCCACCUGCUUUGAGAGGAGCGGGGACAUCGGGGGGCUGUGGCGGUUCGAGGAGAAGCCCGAGGAGGGCCGCGCCAGCAUCUACCACUCCGUCAUCAUCAACACUUCCAAGGAGAUGAUGUGCUUCAGCGACUUCCCCAUCCCCGACGACUUCCCCAACUACAUGCACCACUCCAAGAUCAUGGAGUACUUCCGCAUGUACGCCCAGCGCUUUGACCUGCUCCGCCACAUCCGCUUCAGGACCAGUGUGCGUCGCGUGUCCAAGAGCCCUGACUUUGCCACCACGGGCCGCUGGGAGGUGGAGACCGAGAGCGAGGGCAAGCAGCAGUCAGCCAUCUUCGACGCCGUGUUGGUGUGCACCGGGCACCACAGCGACGCACACCUCCCGCUGCACGCCUUCCCUGGACUGGACAAGUUUGAAGGCUGGUACCUGCACAGCCGGGACUACAAGAGCCCACAGGCCUUUGCGGAGAAGCGGGUCAUCGUGGUCGGCACCGGGAACUCAGGCAUCGACAUCGCGGUGGAGCUGAGCCACACAGCCAAGCAGGUCUUCCUCAGCACCAAGCGUGGGACAUGGGUGAUGCACCGAGUGGCAGAAGGUGGGUACCCCUUUGACUUCUCUUACAUCAAUCGCUUCAUCCAGCUCCUCCAAAGCCUGCUGCCCCUCUCCGUGAGCAACUUCAUGCUGGAGAGGAAACUCAACAUGCGCUUUGACCACGCUCUGUAUGGUCUGAAGCCAAAACACCGGGUCUUCAACCAGCACCUGACCAUCAACGACGACCUGCCCAACCGUGUCAUUUCGGGCAGGGUGCGGGUGAAGCCAAACAUCAAGGAGUUCACGGAGACAUCUGCCAUCUUUGAGGAUGGCACUAAGGAAAACAUCGAUGCUGUAGUCUUUGCCACAGGGUACAGCUUCUCCUUCCCCUUCCUUGAGGACUAUGUGAAGGUGGUGGAGAAUCAGGUCCCCCUCUACAAGUUUAUGUUCCCAGUUGACCUGGAGAAGCCGACGCUGGCUUUCAUUGGCUACAUCCAGCCUCUGGGAGCCAUCAUGCCCAUCUCGGAGAUGCAGAGCCGCUGGGCCACCCGUGUCUUUAAGGGUCUGCACAAGCUGCCCCCAACCAGCACCAUGUUGGCUGACAUCACACAAGCCAAGGAGAAAAUAGCCAAGCGGUACGUGGCCAGCCGGCGGCACACCAUCCAGGUGGAUUACAUCCCCUACAUGGACGAGCUCGCCUGCCAGCUGGGCGUCAAGCCCAACGUGCCGCUGCUUUUCCUCACUGACCCCAGGCUGGCGCUGGAGGUGCUGCUGGGGCCCUGCACGCCCUACCAGUACCGCCUGCAUGGCCCCGGCGCAUGGCAGGGUGCGCGGGAGGCCAUCCUGACUCAGCAGCAGCGCGUGGAGCACCCGCUGCGGGGCAGGGCCGGGCACGGCCGCUCUGUGCCGCCCUGCAGCUCGGUGCCACACAGCUUCAAGGUCCUCUUCAGCCUCGGACUCAUCGUGGCCACGCUCAUCUACGUCUCGCUGUCCCCAUAGCCCCUAGUGAAGAGGGCUUUGGCCAUCCCCUAACUCUGCCUUGGGUUUCGGUGUCGCUGGGAGGGGCACGGGGCACGUUUUCCUCAUGAGAAAGGCAAUAAAGCUCGUCCUUGUUCUCCAUGAAGGCUCAGGCUCUGGGCUGCGCUCAUUAACGCCCGCACUGCACAACGCAAACUACUCGCACCAGGCCGCGCUCCCACAGCAAAGAUGGCCGCUCUCCCGGAAGCCACACCGCCCUCAAACAAAAUGGCUGCCCGG